UGUCAGACCACAAACCCUCGCCCCCUCCUAUAAAUCUUCACCAAACCGAACCAAAUCGCCUCCUCUCGAUUUUUGGAUUCUUUCGGCUCUGCAGCGAGCGAGCGAGCAACCGCGAGGCGAAAAGCCAAGUAAGAUCUGAUCGUCUCCGUUCCACUUUGUCUGCCUCUUUACAGCGAAGCGAUGGACAAGAGCAUGCUCGGAGAUCUAGGCUCUCUUCCCGAAGAGGACCAGAUGAGAAUGUCGGCCAUGAUUGAUCAGAUCCAGAUCCGCGAUAGUUUAAGAAUGUACAAUUCACUGGUCGAGAAGUGCUUUACUGACUGUGUAGACUCCUUCAAGCGGAAAUCUCUCGACAAGCAAGAAGAAACAUGCAUCAAACGCUGUGCUGAGAAAUUUCUGAAGCAUUCCAUGAGGGUCGGCAUGAGAUUUGCGGAGUUGAACCAGGGUGCUCCCACUCCUGAUUAAUGUAGUUAAAGCUGGCCAUUUUCCUAUAUCACAGGUCUCUCGCUUCCCAUAAUCAUUGACUGCUGUGUUCUUAGGGGAAUUGAGUUCAGACUGAAAUUAUUUAAAUUUACAUUUGUCCGUCGGAGAGCUUCCGAUUAGCUCAGCAGAGUUUGUUGCAAUUUUCAGCACUAAGAUUUGGCCUAUUAAUUAAUCUUAUUAUAAAAUAAAGCUCAAGCAAUUAGAUCUUGCAUCA